AUGGCCAUUUCCAGCACUUCCCCAGCACCUAACAAUGGUUUGGAUGCAUUUUUGGAUGCAUCACAUGAUGCAGAGCUCCCUGUCACACUGGGUCACAUCACCAUUGCUUCCUCAGCACCUGAUGCUGGCUCUGGUGCAUUUUUAGCCACAUCAUGCAACACUCUGGGCCAUGUCACCAGGCAGGAGCCCAGACCUACUGUUGACUGGAAUGUGUAA